AUGCUUUUGGUUCUUGUGGUAUCCAGCCAGUUCCCAAUGAGCGAGCAGUCAAUGAAUGACUUGCUUGUUUUUCUUAUAAUGUAUCUGCGGACUGGGCAUAACAACAGGCUUAAAAUAGUUAAUAAGCUGUCAAUCUUGUUUGAUUCUGAUGUGAAUUUGGAAGAAGAGCUUACUGAUAAAAUAUUACGCGGUUUUAAUGGCGACCCAGAGACAGAUCAGUGCAGGGACCUAGGGUAUGCCCUGCUGCUGGUUCAGAAGGAGAAAAGGGACAGAAGUAAAAUACUCUUUUUUUCCUCGGGAAGUACGUCCUUAAACUUCAUAAAAUGCGCAUUUACAGCAAAAAAGCAGAAUAUUCAUGUGGACUGCGUCAUUCCGCAUGAUGGAUUUGCGUCCCAGAUAUCUGACGUGCUAAAUAGGCCUGCCUUCAGUAUCUCUUCAAAUGAGUCUCUUUUUGAGUACCUCAUGGGAAUGCUCUCAAUGGACUUUGGGCGGAUCUCAAAGAAGAAUCUUUCCAGAUUCUGCAUAUGCCACCAUAAAGAGAUACAAACAGGAUACUUAUGCCCGAUCUGCUUGGGGCUUUAUUGUAAAUUCGUUCCCCUAUGCAAGCACUGCAAGACAAGAUUUGUUUUCUAA